UCUUCAUUUAAAAUCUUUCCCUUUUGUAUAUAUAAUUUAUAUCAAUCAUGCUGUAUGUUCAGAAUUAUUAAUGAUGUUUGUGGCUCACUACUGACGCUGGUUGUGACGAGUUAGCGUCAGUUUGUCGUUACCGCCAUGUUGUUUCUGUGUCAGCAUCGUUAGCAUGCUGUACAUUUAAAACAGAUGUGACUGAGCCUUCUGUGCUUCUCUUGACUUUUACAGAAACAAAAAUGGAUCCACAGAAAGAAACCCAGCCACCGAAACAGCAACCCAUGAUCUACAUAUGUGGAGAGUGUCACACCGAAAAUGAAAUUAAAGCCCGUGAUCCAAUCCGAUGCAGAGAGUGCGGUUACAGAAUCAUGUACAAGAAGAGAACAAAGAGAUUGGUCGUCUUUGAUGCUCGAUGAAGAGAGGGCGAGCAGUGGUUUUGACAGUUGUUGUUAUGUGCUAUUUUUGUAGUAUAUUAUCAUGUAAAUAAAUACAUUGCCGAUCCUGACUUCAGAUUACUAAAUUGUUUUCAAAACUUGCAAUUCCAUGUUAGGGCAGUGCUUUUUUACUUUCCCACAUUUUGAUUAAUUGAAAACAUUUUCAAAUUAAAAAGAUUUUCUCUUUA